AUGUCAGAUUUGUUGCACAAAUAAAUUUUCUUUUCCUCUCCUAGACGACGGGUUUUUAUUCAAGCCCGAGUUGGUAAUCUCUCCUGUUUGUGUUUUAUGUGUAUUUUAACAAGAUCCUUCCAACAUUUGUCCAGGAUGUCCAAAUACAGUGGUCAAAGUCUUGCUUCCCUUUCACCGGCUGAGAUUAAACAGUGGAUCGAUUCGUUCGAUACGGUGCUGACGGAUUGCGACGGUGUGAUUUGGGUGGAUAACAAUCCGCUUCCCGGUGCGCCGGAUGUGAUAAAUCGUUUCAUCGCGAAUGGCAAAAAGCUCUUCUUCGUGACAAACAAUUCCACUAAAACGCGUCCCGAAUUUGUGGAAAAAGCUGUUAAGCUAGGAUUUAAUGUUACUAUCGAAAAUAUAAUUUCAACGGCGUACCUUGCCGCUCAGUACCUGAAGAAUGUGGGAUUCUCGAAAACCGUCUAUGUGAUCGGUUCAACGGGUAUCACCAAAGAGCUUAAUGCCGUCGGUAUACGGCACAUUGGUAUCGGUCCCGAUACGCUCCAGGGCACGUUGGCAGAUGCGGUUGGCAACUUCGUUCCCGAUCCGGACGUCGGUGCGGUGAUUGUCGGCUUUGAUGAACAUUUUAGCUUCGUGAAGAUGAUGAAAGCCGCCUCGUAUCUGAACAAUCCGGACGUUAUCUUCAUCGGAACAAACACGGAUGAACGUUUCCCGAUGCCGGACCGGGUCAUUCCCGGCACGGGCAGUAUUGUGAAGGCCGUGGUAACGUGUGCCGAACGUGAUCCUAUCGUGAUGGGUAAACCUAACCCACACAUUUGCGACAUUAUCCGCAAGGAGUACGAUGUGGAUCCGGCCCGCACGCUCAUGAUCGGUGACCGGUGCAAUACGGACAUAUUGCUUGGGAAGAAUUGCGACUUUCAGACGCUUUUGGUCGAAACGGGUAUACAUAAUGCGGCCGAUAUAGGAAAGUAUGCAACAUCCGAUGAUCCGGCCGUGAAGGCACUCGUUCCCGACGUGUAUCUCGCUAAGCUAGGAGACUUACUGCCGUACUUGUAA